GUCGCUCUAAGUCCCCACGCUGGAGCAGAGGCUUGGCUCUGUGCGGCCAGGGACGAGGAGCGCACUGAGAACUCACUUUCUCGUGAGCCCGAGCCCAGCAAAUGGGCGAAUGAGGAAGGGGAGCAGGGACAUGGAUUGCUAUCUGCGUCGCCUCAAACAGGAGCUGAUGUCCAUGAAAGAGGUGGGGGAUGGCUUACAGGAUCAGAUGAACUGCAUGAUGGGCGCGCUGCAAGAACUGAAGCUUCUCCAGGUGCAAACAGCGUUGGAACAGCUGGAGAUUUCUGGAGCCGCGCCGGCCUUCAGCUGCUCCGAGAGCUCACAGAAACAGCCCGAGUGCCCUCGCUGGCAGGGUAGGGAAAGUCCUACCAGAUCUGUGGCCUGUCCUUCCUCCAGCCAGCCUUCUUUUGACAGCAGCCCCAAGUUUCCACACCAAAGGACUGUCUGUGGGGAGGAUCUUGUGGUCCUUCCCAAGACACAGCUGCCUGAGCACGAAAGCGGUACCCAACGGGGGCUGGAGUGGGUGGAACCAGAUGACUGGACCUCUACGUUGAUGUCACGGGGCAGAAAUCGGCAGCCUCUGGUAUUAGGGGACAAUGUUUUUGCAGACCUGGUGGGCAACUGGCUAGACUUACCAGAACUGGAAAAGGGCGGGGAGAAGAGUGAGACUGGGGAACCCAGUGAGCCCAAAGGAGAAAAAAGCCAGUCCCGGGAGCUGGGUCGCAAGUUUGCCCUCACAGCUAACAUUUUUAGGAAGUUCUUGCGCAGCGUGCGGCCUGACAGAGACAGGCUGCUCAAGGAGAAACCAGGCUGGAUGACUCCCAUGGUCUCAGAAGCACGAGCAGGGCGCUCGCAGAAAGUCAAGAAGAGGAGCCUUUCCAAGGGCUCCGGGCGGUUCCCAUUCUCAAGCACGGGAGAGUCCAGACACAUUGAAACCCCUGCCACAAGCAGCCCCAAGGCCUUAGAACCCUCCCGUGGGGGCUUUGACAUUAACACAGCUGUCUGGGUCUGAAUUCGAGAGACGCUUGCUGAAUCUAAAAGGCGGUCUCAUAACUGGGCCCUGGGAGGAGAGGGAGGGCAGAUUGCAUGGUCUUCAGGCCAGAUGCAAGUUCCCAUCCUCAGAAAGAAAGGAAAGCAGAGUUCUUAGUCAGGCCUCACCAGAACAGUGAGGAGAGGCUGUCACCGGGCAGGCUGAGGUAAGGUGUGUGUGUGUGUGUGUGUGUGUGUGUGUGUGUGUGUGGUAUUCUUUUUAGGUUGGAUGUGGCUGUAGUUGGGAGAGGCAGGGGAGGAGUCCAAGCCAAGCAUGCAUUCCUCUAUUGCCUUCCCAAGACCUCAGUUGAACAGUCUAUGUGGAAAGGUCCUUUGAGCCCUCUGGUUUCCCAGAGGAAUUCCCAAGAAAAGACUUGUCUCGGGAGUCCCCAACCAUUUUGACAAUCUUCUUCCCUGACAAGGCACUGCUACUGGAGCACCAGAGAGAGGGAAAGCCCUACACACAGUCCUUCCUUCUUAGUACCAAGAUUUCAACCCAUAGCUGGGUGCUGGGGCAAAGGACAUGUGGUGUGUGUGUGUGUGUGUGCGCGUGCGCAUGUGUGCGGGUGUGGUGAGGAAGCCUGAGAUGCUCUUGCAUCUCUAAAGUGCAGAUGGGGAGCAGUGUGCCUUCACCCAGGUGCUGUCCCAUGCAUCCAAGUAGGCAUGCCCACUUUCCAGAUGAAGCAGCAGUCUCCGGAGGUGUCCAAGAACACACUCACGGCUAGUAGGGGGCCAAAAAGGUCAGCGCAAGCUCAGGGUUAUUACUGGACUCUGGAGUCACACACUGCCUGGCCCUGUAGGGAGACCCAUCCUGAUCCCUGUUGCUGGCCUUAAUGCUCCUGCAGGGCAGUGAGUAGAUGGUUGGGGUGAGCCCAGAAACAACACUCAUGUUAAAAAAAAAAUUCUAGUUCACAUCUCACAGACACCCAGAGAAUAGAACGAAUCCCGACCUCAUCUACCCUCAUCACCCUGGAAAUCAACAGGGUACCCUCAUCACCCUGGAAAUCAACGGGGUACCCUUAGGGUGGCGUUGAUGCCAGGCACACUGUGUAGUGAGCCAGCAAGCAAGCCUGGGGCCACCUUGGUCCAUAGAGGUGCCAUGUUGGCCCUCCCCCCCCUUGGCCAAGAGAGAACAAAGUAGGUCCCUGUUCAAGCCCAGCCACCCUGGAGGGCGGCUCAGCUCCUCCCUCCCUCCUUCCCUCCCGCAGACCCAGCUCAGCUUGAUGGGGUGUGACAACUGCAAUUAGAGGCAGGCCGCCUGCUGCCCCCAGAGCAUUAAGAGCAAAUUGGAGAAGAAAAAUAACAAGAGAAGCUCUUCUGCCUGCAGCCGGGCCCGAGGGACUUAGUGGAGGAAGGGGGAGCUCAGGCUAGAACUGGGUGUGGGGAGGUAACAGCAGCUAUGGGGUGGGUCACCUGCAAGUUCCCACACAGUCAAAUGACAGAGGGUCAUUUUUUUUUUAAGUGGGGAAAGGCUUUUAUUUUUAUAUUUGAUCUGUCACUUUUUGCCAGGCAAUGUGCUCAUCUCUUUCAGACCUAGAAUGACCUGGGAUUAUUUUUCUGAUAAAUCAAUGGGUCAAAGAGUCAUGGCACACAAGCUGCCCAGAUCAGGCUGCUCGCAAAGGAAAGCAGCUCCCAGUUUGGAUCCCUGGGCACCGGCCGAUCUACCUUGGCCAGGAGAUCAGCUGGGCUCACUCUUUCUGGCCAAGUAGGUCCUCGUCCAUCCUGCCUCCUCUGAAUUUCUUUAACGGUGGCUGUCUUUGGUAGCUGCAGCAAUGUGUGUAAAGAAGGAAUGUGUGAAAAACUUACGCCAAUUCCUGUAGGGUGAAACACUCAAGAAAUCAUUCAAAUCAUGGACUAUGAUGGUAUGGGAGCCCAAUUUGCCUCUUCACCAUCAACGUGCAACUCAUUUGUUUCGUGGAUAGUUAACAUCGUCUAAAUCCACUAACACGGCAGUCUCCUCUCCUGCCCGGGCAUUGUGAGCCUGGCCAGAAAAGAGUCGAGGGACCCAAACAAAACAAUUAGGAAGUCAUUUUGGCUUCCAGGAUAAUCCACAGGUGCCGGGCACCUUUGCCGUUAUUUCUCUUAUUUCCUUUUUGUCAUGCCCAGGAAAUGGUUGUUCAUUUUACCUGAACAGAGGCUCAGCGAAGUUAACUCCUUCAAGGUCACCCGGUACAAAGCUGGGAUGGAAACAGUUUGCAAUUGACUUUCAAUCUUGUGUUCCUGCUACCUGGCAAACUGUCUGUAUCUGCUCCCCAGCCAGCUCAAGAAUAACAACAUUUGUCCAAUGAGAUUAUUCACAUCUCUCCGUGAUUGACAACUGUCCUGUCCAUUAUCUAUUUGAGGAGUAUCUAUUGGAGGAAUUUUGCCUGGGUCUCAAAGGGGCUGAUGCAACGUCCCAACGACUGUUACUCUUUGCUGGCGAAAGCUUUUGGAAACCCAACCUCAUAUAAUUUUGAGUUUUUUGUCCGCAUUCUUGGCUCCUGCUGAGGCAGUGAUAGAGACUGCUCCGCUGAAGUGGAGUCAAGGGUGACUAGUGAUGCCUCGGGCCUUAAUGAUGCAGAGCGUGGGGCAAUGUGUAUGUGGAGAAGACAGUGAAAACACAGGCAGAGAAACUAACAGCUUAAUUCUGCCUCUUGGGCUCAUUUUAUGGUUAAUUAGGACACACAAAUGAUCUGGAAGCUCACUUAAUAUCCUCCUCGGCAUGGAGGCCUGCCCCACAUCUGGCCUAAUUUCUUGGCAGGUACUGAGGGCUUCUGGUUGGGCUAGGCAUAUUCUCAGGGCUUGCUCCACCUGCCUCUCUGUGGUCAGUCUAUAGAUAUUCUCCAGUCACAGCACCCACUGGGAGAUCCCUCCACUGCUAGGCAUGGCUGGUAGAACCUGCAGGAUCUCUUUCCUUCCUCUUUGCAGGCUGCAGAGCCGAAAGCUCUUUCUUCUCUCCUCUGGGCGCUUCUGCAGCCUGCCCUCAGGGUGAUCUCUAACCCAAACUGAUCCUUGAGGAACAGACACUUGACUCACCCAUUCCCUAGAGGCUCCAUAGAAGAGGGUCCUGUCUUUCUCAAGUCACCCCAACGUUCUCUGCAGGGUAAAAUCAAGAGUACAGCCUGUUUGGGGGAGCUGCAGCCUAUCUGCAGCUUCUCUGGAGAAGUGUCCAGCUCACUUCAGGUGAUCUCUCCAAUCAGGGCAGUUAGGUGUUUCUGCCAGCCCCACACGUUUCUAUGAAUUCCUGACCUGGAGUCAAAGAGAUAGGAAUCCAGACCCAGGCCUAUCAUGGUGUGAGCCUGAGCAUGAUUCCUGACCUACAGGAGGCUCCUCCGCCCUCAUGUGAAGCAGGGAUGAAGCAGGACCCCUGUCAGGUGCAAAGCACAAAGGGCUGGGGUGGAGUCCACUGUUCCCAACACACGACUUCUACAGAAGUGGCACUCGCCACCCAUUCCCUGCCCAAUCACAGACCCCAAGGGACAAUGCUGAAAAUAAACAGUGCUUUCUCCGAGCCCUGGUGUUCCACUAAAGAAGUACAGUGACUCUCAUUUUAUCACGGGAUUGUGGCAAGGAUCAGAGGUGUGUGGAUGUGGUUCUGUCCACUACAGAUGUUGCGCAUCUGGGCUGUUUUGCCAAAUGUUACACUCAUACUUUUUGUUAAGUGGGGAGGACAGCAUCCUGGGCCAGGCUAGGAAGGUGCUUGGGAUCCCCCACUACCUAAGAAGCUGCCCUAGGGCCGGGCGGUGGUGGCGCACGCCUUUAAUCCCAGCACUUGGGAGGCAGAGGCAGGCGGAUCUCUGUGAGUUCGAGACCAGCCUGGUCUACAAGAGCUAGUUCCAGGACAGGCUCCAAAACCACAGAGAAACCCUGUCUCGAAAAACCAAAAUAAUAAUAAUAGUAAGAAGAAGCUGCCCUAGGGACAUACCCAAUGUCUUAUACACCCAAUCCUCCCCCUCUGACAACCUGGGACCUCAGUUGCAGGUCAGGGAUGGAGAUAAAUGAGGCAAUUUCUGCUGACCAGCUGUUUCUCCUUAGUGGCCAGAGUUCCUUCUCUGCUAGGUCACACCACCCCUUUUCUCUAGGCACCCUGGGGGCCGUCCCUAAGAAUCAUCGUUUCCCCCAUGAAGCCUGAAUUUGACACGACCUACUCCUCGCCCUUCCCGUGACCUUUUCCAUCAGUCCCAGCACAUCCCUUCCAUCUGCCUCCUCCAAGCCCAGUGCACACCCAUGCAAGCCAUCACCAAGGAAUCAUCUUUGUCCCUGGGACAAUGUCCUCAUUCUUACAUUCCAGUCCCCCGCUGGAGUCCUCUCUCCCUCAGUGCUCCCUGAAAGCCUCUCUGUGUUGGUCACAGGCCACAGGUCAGUGUGCCCAGAGCUGGGGCAAAUCACUCACAGAAAACCUUGGCAAUUACUAGGUUUUUUUUCCUCUGCAUCUCAAGCAGGAUCCCUGACUGAACGUUAUCCUGUCCAGGG